AUUCCCAGGCCUCGGCUCCCCAAGUCCUGCAGCCUCGGUCCUAGCCGGGGGCGUGUGCGAGGGGCGGGGCUGCGAGGAGCGCAGGGAUUGAAAAAAAUAAGUAAGGUAAUUAGCAUCCUGUCAUCCUAUUGGCUCCCUGCCUGUCUUCUUUACAUAUGCCCGCCCCUUUGGCUGCACGGGGUUUGCGGGGCCGCGGCUGUUGCUGCGCUUCAGUGAGGGGCGGGAGGGCGAGGAGCGAGCCGGGCCCGGGAGCAGCGAGCCGGGAUCCUGCAGCCAGUUGCCCGCGGAGCUGCUGCGGCGGCGUCGGCGUCGUCGUCGUCGUCUUGGACCUUUUACCGCCUACCAACGCCGAGGUGGGCGUCCAGCGGCUCCUGCCUGCAGCUGGACCCGGGGAAGAGCAGAUCAGACACUUUAAAUUUUAUUGGGCAAGCAAAGCGGGGGGAGUCCCGUCGUGGAGCCCCCUUCCUGGCGCCCCCCCUACUCCGGCCCGGGCUCUGGGAGGUGGUGACUCCGGGGUCCGCCCGGUCUGGUCCGGCGGCAGCGGCUCGCGGUGGCCGCCCGAAAGUAGUAACACUUGAUCGCGGCCGCCGGGGGCGAAAAGUGAGCCGAGGCGGGCGCGGGCGGCUCUCCCGGCGCGCGGGCGCCCGCUGCUUCUCGCCGUUCCUUCCCUUCCCGGCUCCCCGGCGGCCGCAGCAUGAAGUGGCGCAGCGAUGGCCAGAAGAGGUAAGAAGCCCGUAGUGCGGACGCUGGAGGAUCUGACGCUGGACUCGGGUUAUGGUGGCGCGGCGGACUCGGUGCGCUCCUCCAACUUGUCCCUGUGCUGUUCCGACUCGCACCCGGCGUCCCCGUAUGGCGGGAGCUGCUGGCCGCCUCUAGCUGACUCCAUGCACAGCCGGCACAACAGCUUUGACACUGUCAACACUGCCCUGGUGGAAGACUCCGAGGGGCUGGACUGCGCCGGCCAGCACUGCUCGCGGCUGCUGCCGGACCUCGACGAGGUGCCCUGGACCCUCCAGGAGCUGGAGGCGCUGCUGCUGCGCUCGCGGGAUCCCCGGGCAGGCCCGGCGGUCCCCGGCGGCCUGCCCAAAGACGCGCUGGCCAAGCUGUCGAUGCUGGUGAGCCGGGCGCUGGUACGCAUCGCCAAAGAGGCGCAGCGCCUGAGCCUGCGCUUCGCUAAGUGCACCAAGUACGAGAUCCAGAGCGCCAUGGAGAUCGUGCUGUCCUGGGGCCUGGCGGCGCACUGCACGGCCGCCGCGCUGGCCGCGCUGUCGCUCUACAACAUGAGCAGCGCCGGCGGCGACCGCCUGGGCCGCGGCAAGUCGGCGCGCUGCGGCCUCACCUUCUCCGUGGGCCGCGUGUACCGCUGGAUGGUGGACAGCCGCGUGGCGCUGCGCAUCCACGAGCACGCCGCCAUCUACCUGACCGCUUGCAUGGAGAGCCUCUUCCGGGACAUCUACGCGCGGGUCGUGGCCUCCGGGCUGCCUCGGAGCUGCAGCGGGUCCGGCCCGGCGGCCAGCGCCGGGCCAGGCCCGGGUUCCGGCCCCGGCCCGGUCCCGGGCGCGGGCGCGGGCGCGGUCCCCGCGGCGGAGAAGGAACGCGAGGCGCCCGGAGGGGGAGCGGCCAGCGGCGGCGCCUGCAGCGCGGCCAGCAGCGCCAGCGGGGGCAGCAGCUGUUGCGCCCCUCCGGCCGCCGCUGCAGCCGCCGCUGCCGCCGCCGCCGCCGCCUCCGCGCCGGCCGCCGCCACCAACCAUCACCAUCACCACCACCACGCGCUCCACGAGGCGCCCAAGUUCACCGUGGAGACGCUGGAGCACACGGUCAACAACGACUCGGAGAUCUGGGGGCUCCUGCAACCCUACCAGCACCUGAUCUGCGGGAAGAACGCCAGCGGGGUGCUGUGUCUGCCAGACAGUCUGAACCUGCACCGGGACCCGCAGCGGGCGGGCAAGCCAGGGGAGCUGCCCCUGUUCAGCCAGUCGGAGCUGAGGACCAUCGAGCAGUCGCUGUUGGCCACCCGCGUGGGCAGCAUCGCCGAACUGAGUGACCUGGUGUCCCGCGCCAUGAUCCACCUGCAGCCCCUGCACGCCAAGCACCAUGGCAACGGCACUCCCCUGCACAACAAGCAGGGGGCGCUCUACUGGGAGCCCGAGGCCCUCUACACCCUCUGCUACUUCAUGCACUGCCCGCAGAUGGAGUGGGAGAACCCCAACGUGGAGCCUUCCAAGGUCACCCUCCAGGUGGAAAGGCCCUUCCUCGUGCUGCCGCCGCUGAUGGAGUGGAUCCGGGUGGCCGUGGCGCACGCCGGCCACCGCCGCAGCUUCUCCAUGGACAGCGACGACGUCCGCCAGGCGGCGCGGCUGCUGCUCCCCGGAGUGGACUGCGAACCGCGCCAGCUCAGGGCUGACGACUGCUUCUGCGCAUCUCGGAAAUUGGACGCUGUGGCCAUCGAAGCCAAGUUCAAACAGGACCUGGGCUUCCGGAUGCUCAACUGUGGGCGGACGGACCUGGUGAAGCAGGCGGUGUCCCUCCUGGGGCCUGACGGCAUCAACACCAUGAGCGAGCAGGGCAUGACCCCACUGAUGUACGCGUGUGUGCGUGGGGACGAGGCCAUGGUUCAGAUGCUGCUGGACGCUGGAGCUGACCUGAAUGUGGAGGUUGUCAGUACUCCUCAUAAAUACCCGUCCGUCCACCCCGAGACCCGCCAUUGGACGGCUCUGACUUUUGCUGUGUUGCAUGGACAUAUUCCUGUAGUUCAGCUGCUCCUGGACGCGGGGGCCAAGGUGGAGGGCUCGGUGGAGCACGGCGAGGAGAACUACUCGGAGACGCCCCUGCAGCUGGCCGCCGCCGUGGGAAAUUUUGAGCUGGUUAGUUUGCUGCUGGAGCGUGGCGCAGACCCCCUGAUAGGAACCAUGUACAGGAAUGGAAUUUCCACCACCCCGCAGGGGGAUAUGAACUCUUUCAGCCAGGCCGCGGCCCAUGGACACAGGAAUGUGUUCCGCAAACUGCUCGCUCAGCCAGAGAAGGAGAAGAGUGAUAUCCUGUCCCUGGAGGAGAUUCUGGCCGAGGGGACUGACCUGGCCGAGACGGCCCCGCCCCCCCUGUGUGCCAGCCGCAACAGCAAGGCCAAACUGAGAGCCCUGAGGGAGGCCAUGUAUCACAGCGCUGAGCAUGGCUACGUGGAUGUCACGAUAGAUAUCCGGAGCAUAGGUGUCCCGUGGACGCUGCACACGUGGCUGGAGUCCCUGCGCGUGGCAUUCCAGCAGCACCGCCGGCCCCUCAUCCAGUGCCUGCUGAAGGAGUUCAAGACCAUCCAAGAGGAGGAGUACACGGAGGAGCUGGUCACCCAGGGCCUGCCCCUGAUGUUUGAGAUCCUAAAGGCCAGCAAGAACGAGGUGAUCAGCCAACAGCUGUGCGUCAUCUUCACGCACUGCUAUGGGCCCUACCCCAUCCCCAAGCUCACGGAGAUCAAGCGGAAACAGACCUCGCGCCUGGAUCCGCAUUUCCUCAACAACAAAGAGAUGUCGGACGUCACCUUCCUGGUGGAAGGCCGGCCAUUCUACGCCCACAAAGUGCUGCUCUUCACGGCCUCACCCAGGUUCAAAGCGCUCCUCUCGAGUAAACCCACAAAUGAUGGCACCUGCAUUGAGAUCGGCUAUGUGAAGUACCCCAUCUUUCAUCUGGUCAUGCAGUAUCUCUACUGCGGCGGGCCCGAGACUCUGCUCAUCAAGAACAACGAGAUCAUGGAGCUUCUGUCUGCCGCGAAGUUUUUCCAGCUGGAGGCGUUGCAGCGCCACUGUGAGAUCAUCUGCGCGAAGGGCAUCAACACGGACAACUGCGUGGACAUCUACAGCCACGCCAAGUUUCUGGGGGUCACCGAGCUCUCGGCCUACUGCGAAGGCUACUUCCUGAAGAACAUGAUGGUCCUGAUCGAGAACGAAGCGUUCAAGCAGCUCCUGUACGACAAGGGCGGCGAGGGCACGGGCCAGGACGUGAUGCAGGACUUACAGAGGACGUUGGCCAUCCGCAUCCAGUCAAUCCACCUGUCCUCUUCCAAAGGGUCCAUUGUAUGAGACACGGGGUGCAGGGGGUGCCCCGGGGUGGGUGGUGUGGC